AUGAGGAAGAGAGAGAAGGAAGGAAGUAUUGAUCGAUCUGGGAGAAGAAUGGGAGCAGGAAAGAAUACGGCAGAGUUCUUCAGGAGGAGAGACGAAUGGAGGAAGCAUCCGAUGCUUGGCAAUCAAUUUCGCCACGCUACUCCUGGCCUCGGCAUCGCUCUCGUUGCGUUUGGUGUUUACCUCGUCGCUGAGCAAGUUUACAACAAGGCCAAUUCUUCUUCCUCUUCUCACCAUGUGAAGGCUGGGGAGCACUGA